CGCCUGGCUCGCCUCCGAAAGGGUUGCUAAAACUUUGUCCCGGGUCCCAGCACUGGUCCUCGGGGUGCUGCCCCAAGCCCUCUUGGCGCGGGGGUGGGGGCUCUGAAGUUUAGGCUGUGGGAGAAGCUCCUGGAGGCGGUGGGGAUGCUCCGCUGGGCAAGUAAACUUUCGUGGGAUCUGGCAUCGCUUGGAGACUGGUUGGUGGUGCUGUAAGUGAGGCACCGCUGCUUGUCACUGCGUUUUUCUUAAUUGUGGGGCGAUCUCCUUAGCAACUGAAGUCGUCCGCGAGGUUGGAGCUAGGGCGCAGCCUGAUUUACAGAGAAGCAUGGAGAAAGGGGUGCGUUGCUGGUCCGCUGAGCAUAUUUCCCUUGCGCUCUUAAAGAGGAGCAGGAGCUGUGGGGUGUUGACUUCACGUAGAUGGUGGUGCCGUAGCCAAAUUGUCGCGAUCAGCCCAGCUCAGACCCGUGGCACGUCACCCAGCUGCUCAGUUUUCUUUAAGCCAAGUGAAUUGCCACGGGUGGAAAGAAAUAAACAAGUCUGUCUUCAGAGAGAUUCGGUCUUUGGUGAGGGAUGUGUGGGAGAAAAUAGUUUUAGCUGGCCAGGUUUACUGGGACAAAUUCCUCCCCAGUCCAGCACUGCUGAGGUCUGGCCAGGUGCUGGCCAGAGAGAUCACUCCAUUUGCCAGGCUGACCUCAGGAUCGGCUUGCUGCAAAGGUGAUGUAAAGCCAUUUUUUCAUCUCUGUUAGGUCCUGCACCAAGCACAGCUUAGCCCAGUUCAGGGAUUUAGUCCAGUAUAUCAAGGCAUCACCCAGAUGUAGAUCACAAACAGGCUCUGCUUCCCAAUCCAUCAUGUCACUGAAUAUCAUGGAUUAUGAUGUCUGGGUAAUCCAGAUCUGCUCUGUCAGAAAUGCUGAGCCCAGCUGUCACAGGCAGGUUCGACACAGACUGCCUUCGCAUCCUAGAGUGUUAAAAGCAGAGCGAAACCUGGAGAUAUGUGAGGUGGCCACUACAGCAAUGUUUCCUUGGACUCUUUCCCCACCACACACAGAAUGGAAGUGUGUGCAGACCUUCCUACGAUUAGUGCAAAGCUAGCUGCACAUGUAAUCUGUGGCAAGAAGCACUGGGAGCCAGCUAAGAGCCAGCGACAAUGUCUUUAAACUGCCGGAUGCUUCCUACUCGACUUGGAGUUUGUAAGGUGAACUGCAGAGGGUUGGCAUGCCUCUUGGUCUUCACAGUGAGUGUCUGUGGCAGUGCCCCGGGGAUGUGUCCAACAGCCUGCAUCUGUGCCAGCGAUAUCGUAAGCUGCACCAGUAAAAACCUCUCUCGGGUGCCAGGAAAUCUCUAUAAAAGUAUGAAAAGGCUGGAUCUGAGUUAUAACAGAAUUGGAUUCUUAGAGCCUGAAUGGGUCCCGGUGCUGUUUGAGAAGCUGAACACUUUAAUAAUCAAUCAUAACAGCAUUAGCAGCAUUAUCACUGGAAGCUUUUCCACAACCCCAAACCUAAAGUACCUAGACUUGUCGUCCAACAGCCUGAAGACGCUGGGCAGCCCCGUGUUCCAGGAGCUGAAGGCCUUGGAAGUUCUCCUGCUGUACAACAAUCAGAUAAUGCAGAUAGAGUCUUCAGCCUUUGGAGGAUUGUACAAAUUGCAGAAAUUGUAUUUAAGCUAUAACUUGCUCUCGCAUUUCCCACUGGACUUGUACAUUGGCAAACACAAGCUGACAGAACUCAUAUUGCUGGAUGUUUCCUUUAAUCACAUCCAGUCAAUGCCUAUCCAGCGCCUGAGUUCGGUGCCAGCCAAGCAUCUCAGUGGAGUUUAUCUUCACGGCAACCCAUUUUACUGUGACUGUACACUGUACUCCAUGCUGAUCUUCUGGUAUCAAAGGCACUUCAACUCUGUCAUGGACUUCAAAAGCGAGUACACCUGUUUGCUGCGAUCGGACCCAAGAGGUUACAAUAAACUGCCUUUACUGCAUGACAACUUUCUGAAUUGCUCAGAAAGCACCAUCAACAGCUCUUUCCAAGCCUUUGGGUUUAUUCAUGAUGCCCAGGUUGGUGACAGGCUGAUCAUUCACUGUGACAGCAGAAUCAGUGAUGCAGGCACACACUUUGUUUGGGUUAGUCCAGACAAUAAAUUGCUGGAGCCAGACAGGGACACAGGCAACUUUAGGGUGUUUCAUAACGGGAGCCUGGAGAUAACAGAUGCCCAGCUAGAGGACUCUGGGCUGUACUCCUGCAUUGCAAUAAAUAAGAAAAGACUAUUGAAUGAAACCAUAGAGGUUAGAAUAAAUGUGAGCAAUUUCACAGUUAACAGGUCCCAUGCUCAUGAAGCAUUUAAUACAGCUUUUACCACCCUUGCUGCCUGUGUAGCCAGUAUUGUUUUAGUACUGCUCUAUCUCUAUCUGACCCCCUGCCCGUGUCAAUGCAAGACAAAGAGGAGGAAGAGGAAGCUGAACCAAAGCAGUGCCCACUCGUCCAUACUGAACUCCACACCACCUCAAGAGCUGCCUGCCGAUGAGAAGAAGGCCAGCACUGGCAAACGAGUGGUUUUCCUGGAACCUGUACACGAACCAAAACACGGUCAGAAUGGAAAAGUAAAACUGUUUCCUAAUGACAAUGCCAUAGCUGAGAGUAUCUUAAAAACCACUCGAACAAAAUCCGACUCUGAUUCUGUCAACUCUGUGUUCUCAGAUACACCUUUCAUGCCAUCAACUUAGUUUGCUGCCUGUGUUCGUAUUGUGCAGUCACAUUUCUGAAUACCUCCUUUGCUUGUAGCAGUCAUCAGGAAAAAGAAAUAAAGAGAGAAAAUGUUUUAAAAAAA